AUGUCCGUCGGCGACGCCAUCGACACCGGCACCAUGUCCAAGUUUGGCCUUCUUUUUCGCUCGCUUGGCUUGAAGCAACUUCUUUUGUUUGACAGCGGCAAUCUGCUCUUCCUUGGUAGUGUCAACCUCGGCAAGCAGCGAGAGGGUAAGGACCCGUCCACCGACAUCAAUCCUUUUUCGCCCAGUCCAUCUUUUUCCCUUGGAGGCGUUUAA